UCCGGGAAGUUGAUUUGAAAAGCUGUAUCAUUGCUUAGCUUGCUCGGUGUCGUGGACUAGCUAGACACGCUAACGUGAACAUCUACUUGAUAUGACAAAUUGUAAACCGUUUUCACAUAAUUAGUUAUUUCUUAGGCUAACGCGCAGAGAUGUCUCGGGGUACGAAUGCUGGAUUCGAUCGUCAUAUUACAAUAUUCUCACCAGAGGGCCGUCUUUACCAAGUCGAAUAUGCCUUCAAAGCUAUCGCACAGAGUGGCCUGACGUCAGUGGGGAUCCGAGGCAAGGAUUGUGCCAUUGUGGUUACGCAGAAGAAAGUACCGGACAAGCUCCUGGACCCAUCCACAGUGACCAACAUGUUCCCACUCACUCCCCGCAUAGGGUGUGUCAUGACUGGACAGUAUGCGGACAGUCGCUCACAGGUGCACCGGGCGCGGGUGGAGGCCGCCGAGUGGAAGUACAAGUUCGGCUAUGACAUCACAGCGGACAUGUUGUGUCGGCGUUUGGCGGACAUAUCACAGGUCUACACGCAGAACGCCGAGAUGAGGCCGCUGGGAUGCUGUAUGAUCCUGGUUGCCAUGGACCCCCAGAAGGGUCCGGUGCUGUACAAGUGUGACCCAGCCGGCUACUACUGUGGUUUCAGGGCCACUGGGGUCGGGGCCAAGCAGCAGGAGGCCAACAGCUACCUGGAGAAGAAGCUCAAAAAGAGGCCAGAACUGACGUACGAGAGGAGUGUGGAGAUGGCCAUCUGCUGUUUGUCCUCAAUCCUCUCUAUGGACUUCAAGUCUACUGAGCUAGAAGUGGGUGUGGUCACCAAAGACAUUCCUAAGUUCAGGACACUCACUGAGGCGGAGAUUGAGACCCAUCUGACGGCCAUUGCAGAGAGAGAAUGAGCUGACCUUCACCCAUAGUAGACACUAGACCAGCAGACAGGCACGGCUGGACAUGGCUGGACUCAUCAGGACACACAGAAACACACACACACACUCAAAAACACACUCACUCACUCACACACACACACACACACACAAAGACACACACACACACACACACACACAGGGUGUGUUUUAGUACAACUAUGUUACCUUUAGUCGCAGACAGGAUGAGCAUGAUGAGGUAGAGUGGGUUAUGCUCAAUGUCUGUUAUGCUCAAUAAUAACACACUGUUGGUGUAGAUGCCCUGUCCUUCUUCCUGUUUAUGUUCAUUUAUACUGAACAGAUGAUAAGUCUGUCACCAGCAAAUGCCUUGUCAGUCACAGCCCCAGAUUAACAUUGCCUUUUCACCAAACUGCAGUGCUUUUCAAUAAAAUAUCAAAAGUAAAUGCA